CGAUUAAAUUAUUUCAAAACCGCAGAAAUGUCAUGAAAUCGUGGUGGUGUCGAGUUUGAAUUGGUGGCAGCAUUCACAACCAAAACAGAAGCAUGAGCGAAGUGGAACUCGAGUUCGAUGAGUCCAAGGUGUGGACCAACGACGAGCGACAAGCGUAUCUGGAUCGCAUUCCCGAGAUGUCUCUCUUUGAUGACCACAUCCUCGAAGACGACGUGAUGGUGGAUGCGAUGAUGGCGCUUGUGGACGAAGGCGAGACGCCCGAGACCCUCGCGUUGGCGUGCAAGACCAAGGGCAACCAGCACUACAGCGACGCGCGCAAGUUCAACAAGAACUACUACACAUAUGCGAUCGACGAGUACACCAAGGGCGUGUCAUAUGCGUUGAAGGCCGUGAGUGACCCGACCGACCCGGAGGUGUUGCAGGGGUACAACUUCGACGAGCCGAUUGUGCUCACGCAGCUGCUCGCCGCCAUGUUCAACAACCGAGCGGCGUGUCAUUUGGCGAUCAAGAACUUUGGCAGCUGUCGGUCAGACGCGGCGCGCGCGCUCAAGCUCGAGCCGUCCAACAUCAAAGCGUUGUUCCGCGGCGCCAAGGCCUCCAGCAUGCUCAAGAAACCCGACGAUACGCUGCGGUACUGUAAAGUCGGAUUGAAGGUGGACCCCACGCACAAGGAUUUGCUUUCGCUUCAAGCCACGGGGCUAGUGCAGCUAGAAGAACAGCGCGUGGAAGCCGAACUGGACGCGUUUCAACGCCAGAAACGGCGCGCCAUGACCAACAAGUACAAGCAACUGUGCAACUUGCGGCACGUCCGCGUCGGCCCCGCGGUCAUCUCUGACCGCCGGGUGACCGAUUUCGAGGGCAAGGCGGACCUGAAUCCGGAUACGGGCAACUUGGCGUGGCCGGUGCUGUUUUUAUACGACGAAUACGGACAGUCGGACUUUAUUCAGCAGUUUGACGACCAGGAUAUGUUCGUGGAGCACCUGGCCAACAUGUUUCCGGAGGAAGGGGCGCUGUGCAUGUGGGACGCGCGCGGUGACUACAAGGCGUCGCAGCUGGUCGUGUACGCCGUGGCCAACGUUGUCGUGCCGUUCGUGACGGACGAUGCGUGGCAUGUCGCCCUGAGCGGCGAAGUUGAGACGGACGUAGCGGAGACCCUCCGGCUGCGCGAAGAAGAAAAGCACUCGUACAAACACACGUGGUGGCUCGAAGUGUCGGCGUUCUGUACGUUGGCGACGCUGCUGCAGCACCAUCAGUACGUUGUGCCUGGGAUUCCCGUGUUCAACGUCAUGGUUCGAGGCACCAAGCACCACACAACAUUCCUCGCGUCCAUUGAACAUCGCGUCGUGCAAGUCCAAGCGCCGGGCUUUCCAUAGCCAACAACUAUUCCUAAGUGAAACCAUUACGUUCGAGGUAGUGGCCUGCUAGAAGGGAUUCGUCUAGGGAUGCACACAUAUCGUGUGGCCAAGGUCAUGAGCGGGGGAGAGAAGAGGGUUUACGUGUGCGAACACAGAAUGUGAUAGUGCCGACCGUUGUAGCCAUGCACGGUCGAAGGAAUCUUGGAUAUAUGUCUGCCA